UCCUCCUUUAGUUUUCCCGGCAUGCACCUGCAGCUCCACCAGCCGACUGUCGCCGCACACAGGGAACAUGGCGGUCAUCAGUAAAUACUUAACAGCGAAGAAUUCCUCGAUAGCUGGCGGUGUCCUGCUUGUUUUGUAUCUGCUCAAGCAAAGACGAAAGUCUUCGAGGCUGAACAGCAAGAAGGGUUCAUCCGAGCUGAUCUUGAACAAUGAAAAAGAUCAUAAAAAGGAUCGGGCCGUCGUGGACCGGCUGUUUUUUAGCCGUAUCAUGCGGAUAAUCAGGAUCAUGGUCCCGAGAAUGUUCUGUAAAGAGUCCUGGUACCUGAUCCUGAUUGCGGUGAUGCUGGUGGCUCGGACCUACUGUGAUGUUUGGAUGAUUCAGAACGGCACAAUGAUUGAAAGUGGUAUCAUUAGCAGAGAUAUCACACUGUUCAAAAGGCACUUUUAUUCCUACAUUACAGUCAUUCCAGUGAUCGCCCUGGUGAACAACUUUUUGAAGUUAGGACUGAAUGAGCUUAAGCUCUGCUUUCGUGAGAGACUUACUAAACAUCUCUAUGACGAGUAUCUGAAAGGAUACACCUACUACAAGAUGGGAAACCUGGAUAAUCGAAUUGCGAACGCUGACCAGCUGUUGACUCAGGAUGUGGAAAAGUUCUGCAACAGCGUAGUUGACCUGUACUCCAAUCUUAGCAAACCUCUUCUUGACAUUGGCCUCUACAUCUUUAAGCUGACUACGGCUAUCGGCGCUCAGGGCCCUGCUUCGAUGAUGGCCUACCUGCUGAUCUCAGGCCUGUUCCUGACAAGGUUGAGGAGACCCAUCGGAAAGAUGACCGUCAUUGAGCAGAAAUAUGAGGGCGAGUACCGAUACGUCAACUCCCGGCUUAUCACCAACAGUGAAGAGAUUGCGUUUUACAACGGAAAUUUCAGAGAGAAACAGACAAUUCACGCUACCUUCAAGAAACUGGUUGACCACUUGCACAAUUUCAUAUUUUUCCGUUUCUCCAUGGGCAUGGUAGACAGCAUCAUUGCUAAGUACUUGGCCACGGUAGUUGGAUAUCUGGUGGUGAGCCGACCGUUUCUAAACACGGCACAUCCACGGCACCUUCACAGCACGCACGCGGAGCUGCUGGAGGAUUACUAUCAGAGUGGCCGCAUGCUGCUGAGAAUGUCACAAGCUUUGGGAAGGAUUGUACUUGCUGGUCGAGAAAUGACCAGACUUGCAGGGUUCACCACCCGUAUCACAGAGCUGAUGAAGGUAUUGGCAGAGCUGAACAUGGGGAAGUAUGAGCGCACCAUGGUGUCUCAGUCUGAGAAAGAAUCUGACACCGUAGAUAAACUGACGCUAGUGCCUGGAAGUGGACGAAUCGUAUUUAUGGACAACAUGAUCAAGUUUGAACAUACACCCUUGGCAACUCCCAAUGGAGAUAUUUUGAUUAAGGACCUCAGUUUUGAGGUGAAAUCUGGCACAAAUGUCUUGGUGUGUGGGCCCAAUGGCUGUGGAAAAAGCUCGCUGUUCAGAGUUCUUGGAGAGCUGUGGCCUCUGUUUGGUGGGAGCUUGACAAAACCUGAGAGAGGGAAGCUCUUUUAUGUUCCUCAGAGGCCUUACAUGACACUUGGGACACUGAGGGAUCAGGUGAUCUACCCUGACACUUUUGAAGACCAGAAGAAGAAGGGGAUUUCCGAUCAGGUACUUAAAGAAUACCUGGACAACGUGCAGCUUGGGCACAUUCUUGACAGAGAGGGCUCCUGGGAUACAAUUCAGGACUGGAUGGAUGUUCUCAGUGGUGGAGAAAAGCAAAGGAUGGCGAUGGCUCGGUUGUUCUAUCACAAGCCACAGUUUGCUAUUCUGGACGAAUGUACCAGUGCUGUAAGUGUGGAUGUUGAGGACUACAUCUAUAGCCAUUGCAGGAAGGUGCACAUCACUCUGUUCACAGUGUCUCAUAGAAAGUCUCUCUGGAAGCACCAUAAGUAUUACCUCCACAUGGAUGGAAGAGGAAACUACGAGUUCAAACCCAUCACUGCUGAAACAGUAGAGUUUGGCUCUUAGAGUCGCAGCCACAGCGCCAGAUAUGAAGCAUAGUAAUACGGCAGCAAAAUCUAGGAUUUUGUUUUUAAUCACUUGUAACAUUUCUUUUUGUUUCGACACUAAAUGUUUUGUCUUCCAUGAUUGUAUAAUUGUAUAAUUUGUAAUUUAAAGUGUGGUCCGAUUUACCGGACAGCCACUAAUGAGAAUAGUGAAUGGGCUAAUCCUAAUGCAAUGUGUUCACAUCUUAUAUGUAAACUAAAUCACGUUUUUGAUGAACUAAUGCGAUAGGAACUCGUCUGUAUGGUUCACUCUGUCAUAUCAAUACCAGUAAACUGAUCUCUGGUGUUUGAUGAGGAUUCAUGUAGUGCUAAUAAACUAAUGAUCCUUUAUUCAUUUUUAUUGACACCAGGUAAAUAUAAUGGUAAUAAAAUGUCCAUCUACUAAGUGGCCUUAGUACUUACUGUUGUGACGUGUGAUGGGUCCGUUGUGUGGCCCAUGUAUGACGGUUCAAUGGACCGGUACCCUGAGCGUGUUACCUUUGAUGGUAUACAGGGCAGAUUGCACUGAUGUACUGAUUUGCAAACCAAAAAACCUUGUACUACUUGCUGUCUGAAAUCGCCUAAACGCACAUUUCUGUCCCAACAAAAUAUAGUUUUCCAUGCUUUUGUUUCAAAGAAUAAAACAUCUGUGUAAACCUUAUGGAUUUUGUACACAAAAUGACUAGAAAUAUAGAAAAUCAGAACCAUGUCAAGCUCAUAGAAUUACAUUGAACUUACUAGUGCAUUUUCAUUAAAAAAAUAAUUCUGGA